AUGGUCACCACAAACAUCAACUUGGCUAUAGUGGCUAUGACCAGGUACGAAUGGGACGAGUACCAGCAAGGCCUAAUUCUCGGGGGCUUCUUCUGGCUGCACUGGAUUUCCCAAAUCCCCGGGGGCGUCUUGGCCCAGAACUAUGGCACCAAAGCCGUGUACGGCUUCAGCAACAUGCUCAUGUGCGUCUUGGGAUUUUUGAUACCCUUCUCCGCAGGUUUAGACUACAGAAUAGUAGUGGCCAUACGAGCUCUACAAGGACUUAUAGGGGCAAGUAUUGGUGUUGUGUGGCCCGCCAUGCACAACAUAAUUGCAAAAUGGAUCCCUCCUAACGAAAGAAGUACUUUUGUUACAGCUUACACGGGGGGCUCCAUCGGCGUGGCGGUGACGUUCCUGCUGGGCGGGCUGGUGAUCGACUGGCUGGGCUGGGAGGCCAUCUUCCACAUCACCGGCGUGCUGGGCGUCGUGUGGUUCAUCGCGUGGUGGAAGCUGGUGUUCGACACCCCGGACGAGCAUCCGCGGAUAUCCGAGGCCGAACGCUCUUACAUCGUGUCCAGUUUGGGGCAGUCUGUCUCCAAGAGAAAACCCAAAACACCUUGGGCGCAAAUAGCGUGUUCAUCUGUAUUCUGGAUUACGGUUGUCGUACAUUGGAGCAGCAAUUUGGGAAUUUUCACUCUCAUGACACAAGCUCCUACCUAUUUUAAGUACAUCCAUGGAUGGAGCAUCAAAAUGACAGGAGUGCUUUCUGGUGUGCCUCACAUAUGCAGAACACUUUUUGGAUACUUCUUUUCCGUUUUUGGAGAUUAUUUGUUGAGAAACAACUACAUGUCUCGAACAGGUGUUCGCAAAAUGGCAACUUCGGUGUGCUGUAUUGUGAUGGGGCUGCUGACGCUAGGUUCUGCAUUCUCUGGAUGUAAUUAUGUAUCAGCCAUAAUAUGUAUGACUGCAGCAACAGCAGUAAGUGGAGCCAUAUCCUGCGGACCUCUAGCGAGUUUUGUCGAUCUCAGCCCCAAUUUUGCAGGCAUCCUCAUGGGCAUCAGCUGCACGCUUAGCUUUACGGCGGCGUUCAUUUCGCCGCUCAUCGUCAGCCUCCUCACUUUCCAAAACCAAACUACAGGUCAAUGGCUGCUAGUCUUCGUAAUAGUCAGUAUUCUCCUCAUAGUGCCUGGGUUGCUGUACUUAGUUUUUGCGUCAUCGGAACUUCAACCCUGGAACUCGCCAGAAGGAAACGCUCGAGAAAUGCAGUUUCUUGAUUCGAAACAAGAUAAAGAAGAGAAGGGCAAUAUGGAUGACAAAUUUAUACAGAAUAACAAACAAAGUGCGUGAAGAUUUCGGGAAUACUAGUUAACACAAUUCUAUGCACUUUUCGCCUUCUUUUAAAAUUCAAAUUAAAGACAUCCACUCAUCCUUCAUUCACUCUUUUCUAGAUGAUUUCAAAUCAUCGUUUUCCAUGGUCUGUCAAGGACAUUUUCAAUUAAAAAGUUGAUUUCAUUGACUUAUUUAUUAUUAUCAAUGUUGUAUUAAAUACAUAAUAGACAUUUAUCGACUUAGACUAUCGGAAGUCAAACUUUACCAGUUUCGUAAUAAGAGAUAACGUUCUAAUAAUCCAUGGCCCUCUAUUAAGAACAUUUAUCAGUUUCGUAAUUAAGUAAUAUUGGAACUAUUCCAAAGCAUUCUAUUAACUACUAUCAACGUCUCUAUGUCACUUUUCGCAAGAUGAAUAGUUAAAUUUAAACAAAAUAAUUGUUCACUCGAGUGUUUACAAAGUAGAUAAAACGUUCAAUAUUCGGAUCAAAAUAUCUUACGAUACGUAUUUCACAAAUAACUAAAAGAAAAUUAAAAUAUUAAUAUAUAAUUUUCUAAAGGAUUAUCUUUUUAUGUUUCUGAGCAGAAAAAAGUUUGAUUAUCCUAAUAAAAAAAUAAUGUUAGUAAACAUUAUAAAGAAAAAAGUUCCUUUUCUCGUCGUGAAAGAGACUGAUUUAAUACUAUUAUUGAAUUAAAAUGUCAACAAAAUGUUUUUAAUAAUGUAAUUUUAAAACCUAUUCGUACGACAGCGUUUGGUUAAACAAUUAUGUACCCUAAUACUAUUUUAAUGGACUUGAAAGAUGUUUUUCUUGACCAUUUGGUCAAUAUUUGGCGGACUCAGGGCUUCAGCAAACACGUUUGUAGUACUUAUUUUAGCCUGCGAAUUAAUACAAAUGGUAUAUUAUUUUCAAAUAAGAAACAAUGUGAAGAAAAAUAUAAGUAAAUACUCAGAGUAAACCUAAAUAAACUUCAAAGAAGUAAUAAAUAUCUUCACUGACAGAAAAAUAUACCAUUAUUAUCUUAAAGAUUUUAUUUAUUAUUCCUGCGUUCUAUCGUGUUGGAAAAUUAUUAUUUGCUCUAAAAAUAGACCAGAUGCGCACACGCCUCGCCGUUUUUACUCUUAUCCAAGAAUACUCAAGCACAAGGAUAAUAAAAAAGCAGAAAAUUGUAAACUACAACUUGUAUUUUAUAAAUUCAAUUUGACAGGGUUGAAAAUCAUGUAAUUUAUUGUUAAUUAUUACUGUAUAUAAGUGCACUUUGUACAAAACAACAUUAAAGUCAUAUUCUUCAAGGG